AUGGCAACUUCCAUCAUCCAGACGCCUCAAGGACUGCUAUUCGCAGCUCUCGCCAUACUCACAGCCGCACUUCUGUACGCACAGGUCAAAAGCUAUGCGCGACUACGACACAUUCCCGGACCUCUACUGGCAUCGCUAACAGACCUCUGGUCAGCAACAAAAGUAUGGCGCGGUGCCCACCAUUGCGAGAUUGUCCACGAACUACAUCAAAAAUACGGCCCUAUCGUCCGCUUUGGCCCGAACAGAGUCAGCUUCGCGAAUCCAGAUACCAUACCACAGAUCUACGGAACGGGCCAAGUCUUCCCCAAAGCUAGUUCAUACAACCCCAUGAGAACUUUAGCGAACGGCAAGGAGAUCAUGAGUUUAGUCACAAUCUCCGACGAGAAGAAAGUGACAAGUCUCAAGCGCCACAUCAGUGCCGGCUUCUCUCAGUCCACAUGGUUAAAGCAGGAGGCUCAAAUCGACGGAACCCUCAAAAUCCUCAUAACCCAACUACGAGCGCGAGCUGGACAGGAAGUACCGUUGAACACAUGGCUAAGCUUCUGGUCCUUCGACACCUUGACAGAACUCGCCUUCAGCGAAAGCCGUGGCUUCCUCACCGCCGGACGGGAUCUCGAUGGUAUUUGCCCUUCUGGCCACCAACGCUUCGCACAUUGGAGGCUUUGGGCUUCGUUGCCGGGGUGGGAAGCGGUCAUCUAUAAGAACUGGAUCGUAACCCGGAUCCAGCGCGCCACCGGGCCAUUGGCGCAAUUAGCAAUUCGACGCAUUCAGCAGCGAAAGGCAGAGGAUAAAGCAGGAGGUGGUGGGAAAGAUUUGCUAGGACGGUAUCUCGCUGCUAGUCAAGAGGCGCCCGAGGCUGUGGCGCCUGCUGAUGUGCUGGGUCUGACAAUUUCGACGAUUCAUGCUGGGUCGGAGACGACGGCUAUGACGAGUUCGGCGACUUUGGUGUAUUUACUAUGGAACCCAGCUACUUUGGCGCGGCUGGAGGAGGAAGUGCUAGGUGCUGGUCUGAGCUUCCCACCGAGGUUCGCGGAGGUGGAUAAACUGGUGUAUUUGGACGCUGUGAUCAGGGAGGGGAUGCGGCUGUUCGUCAACCCCAACUGCGUAGAGCGCACCAUCACUCCACCAGGAGCAGAGAUCGGGGGCGUCUACCUCCCAGCAGGCACGGGCGUCUCCAUCUCCGAGCUCGACACAACCCGCGAUCCAGCUGUAUACGGUGCAGACCCUCACAGCUUCAAGCCCGAGCGAUGGCUUAAUGUCGACAAAACGAAGUGGGCAGAGAUGAACAGGGUUUCGUUUGGGUUCAGCUAUGGCAGGAGGGAGUGUAUUGGGAAACAUCUUGCGAGGAUGGAGAUGAAGAAGUUGUUGGCGUCGUUGAUUUUGAGUUUUAAGAUUGUGCCUACGAAGCCGGUGCAGAUGUGGAUGGAGUCGAGUCUGGGUCAGACCAGGCUUGAUGUGAGGCUAGAGCCUCGCGUUCCGUUGUGA